AUGUUAAAACAUCUUAUCAAAAAUAUGUCAACAGGAGGAUUUGCUCUUCAUGGAUAUAAUGAAGGAUCACUUCAUCAAAGACUUCAGCUAUUAAAAGCAUCAGAUACUUUUAUUGAGUGCCUUAACCAUAUUAGCACCCUAAAUAAUGAACAAAUUGUCAUUGCGGAUUAUGGAUCAUCUGAGGGCUAUAACUCAAUGGUAUUUUUAAGACAAACUCUUUCAAAAUUUAGAGAAACUUCAAGCAGCCCUAUUCUUGUUUUUCACAAUGACUUGCCAGACAACAAUUGGGUGAAGACUUUUAAAACAAUUUUGGAGUUUGAAGACUCAUAUAUCAAACUUCCAAAUGUCUAUUUUUCAGCAAUAGGACGAUCAUUUUAUGACCAAAUUUUGCCAAAUAACUCAGUUCAUAUUGGGCUUUCAUCUGCAGCUCUUCACUGGCUAUCCCAGCCUAUUAGUGCUCCAGACAAUUGUGUGCCUUCCUGCUCAAACAACCCUGAGUUCAAAGCUUUAGUAUCAAAAGUGGCACAUAAUGAUUUAGUCACACUCCUGCGCCAAAGACACAAAGAAUUAGUUAGCUCAGGAAGAUUAGUUAUACAAUUUUUAACCGAGUCUAUAUCAACAGCUGCAUCAACUACUAUCAUUAAUGCUACUACAGAAAAUUCGUUUAACAAAGGGUAUAUUACUGAAGAAGAAAAGAAAAACAUAACGAUCCCUAUGUAUGGAAGAACUAUUGAAGAAGUCCAAAAUGCCAUUAAUGAAAUCUCUGACUUGUAUAGAGCUAUUUUAUUUACACAAGUAGGAGAAAGCAGGAUUCCUGGUAUUGAUAAUCUUCCAGAUGAAGAAAAAGCUAAUUAUGUUAAUGGGCUUAAGAGACUUGCAGCAGCUUCUUUAAAAGGAGUUAUACUUACUUACUUACUUACUUACUUAGUUUUUAAGGUGUCUAGUGCCCACACCCCUUAAUGAAAAAGGGUCAAAGCGACAACUAGUGACGUCACCAAGCCAUCUUGGAAUAUGUGGUCAGCCCACACCCAAGCCUUCUAUGAGGCUAAUCGCCAGAUAAAUCGCCGCACAUCUCACCGGCGCGUUGCCGUCGCUCGUCCAGACUCAGCUCCUGCGCGUGUUCCGCCUAAGGGUCAUCCUCCCGUGGGGAUGUGCUGGGAGGUAAAACUCCGAAAUCUUGAGUGCACUGAGGAGCCGUACCUUUGGUUAUCUCCAAAGUUAAACGGCUGUUGCUGUGCAGAAGUUCUCGAGAGAAAACCCAACCCCAUAAAUAAAAUUCCAUGAGGGAGAGAAAAUUGGCAGAGCCAAUUUCUCUCUCGAACCGAAUGCCAUUUUAUUUAUUAAAAGGAGUUAUACAGAAAGCAGUCAAUAGGAGUGAUGAAGAAAGGAAUGCAAUAUAUGAAUUAUUUAUCAAAGAGAUGUCAGACUUUGUUGAUACAGCUGAUGUUAAUCAUUGGCCACAAUAUCAUUUGUUAGUUCUCGAGAAGAUUUCUUCAUAA